AUGAAAAAAUUGACCUAAACUAUCUAAAAGAGACCAUCUAAAUAUAACAUUGUGGAUGACCAAAAACGAUAGUAAAUAGUGGAAAAAAUAUUUAAAGAAAAAAUGAAAAUUAAAGAUGUAUAAAUACAGAAUAAUAAUAUUUAGGUCGCCGGAUUAUUUUAGAUUCCACUAUCCACUGUUAAAGCAGUAAAAUCAGUUUAUCUAAAGGAAGGAAGAGUUUAAAAGAAAGCAAAGCGUAAUCGUCAUAAAAAAAUGAUCACAACAAUUAUUGUUGCACUUAUUGAUAAGUAAGUUAACUUUGUAGCAUCAUGAAUAACAGAAAUAAGAUCCCCUCAGAUGUUAAUGAGAUCUAAAAAUAUACAAAAGUCACCUUUGGCCAUGUUAAUCAAAAUGGAAAUGUGAAUGAGUAGUGCAUGAGAUAAGGAAUUGAUUUGCUUAUGCAGAUGCUAACCCAAAUUCGAAAGAACUAACCUUCCAUUGGCAAGCAUUCCGCUAUGUUAUCAAAAUUGCUGAAGGAUUAUUAAUAAUAAUGUUAAUCAUUUGAUUGA